AUGGGGGUGGCGGGCACCGAGCUGCCUGGCGGCAACGUCAGCACCAACCAGAGCACCGCAGACCCCACGGUGUCGCGGGACGUGUGGGUGGUGGGCAUGGGGAUCCUCAUGUCGCUGAUCGUGCUGGUCAUCGUCUUCGGCAACGUGUUGGUGAUCACCGCCAUCGCCCGUUUCCAGCGCCUGCAGACGGUCACCAACUAUUUCAUCACCUCGCUGGCGUGCGCCGACCUGGUGAUGGGCCUGGGCGUGGUGCCUUUUGGUGCCUGCCACAUCAUCAUGGAGAUGUGGAAGUUUGGGAACUUCUGGUGCGAGUUCUGGACCUCUCUGGACGUGCUUUGCGUCACGGCCAGCAUCGAGACCCUCUGCGUCAUCGCUGUGGACCGAUACUUUGCCAUCACCUCCCCGUUCAAGUACCAGAGCCUGCUGACCAAGAGCAAGGCACGUGUGGUCAUCCUGGUGGUGUGGGCGAUCUCGGCCCUCACCUCCUUCCUGCCCAUCCAGAUGCAUUGGUACCGGGCAGACCGUGACGAGGCCAUCCUCUGCUAUGAGAAGGACACGUGCUGUGACUUCUUCACCAACCAAGCCUAUGCCAUUGCCUCCUCCAUCAUUUCCUUCUACCUGCCGCUUGUGGUCAUGGUAUUUGUGUACGCCAGGGUCUUCCAGGUGGCCAAGAAGCAGCUGCAGAAGAUAGACCGGAGUGAGGGGAGGUUUCACAUCCAGAACAAGGAACAGGACCAGAACGGGAAAGCCGGGCACCGCCGUUCCUCCAAGUUCUUCCUGAAGGAACACAAAGCCCUGAAGACCCUGGGCAUCAUCAUGGGCACCUUCACACUGUGCUGGCUGCCCUUCUUCAUCGUCAACAUCGUGCACGUCAUCCAGGACGACAUCAUCCCCAAGUACGUGUACAUUCUCUUGAACUGGCUGGGCUACGUCAACUCUGCCUUCAACCCCCUGAUCUACUGCCGGAGCCCGGACUUCAGGUACGCCUUCCAGGAGCUCCUGUGCCUCCGCAGGUCUGCUCUGAAGAUGUAUGCCAAUGGCUACUCAAACAGCAACGGCAGGAGUGACUACAACGAGGAGGACAACGGCUACCCCCUGGCACCGGAUAAAGCCAGUGAGCUGCUCUGCGAGGAGGGCUCCUUCCCUCACCCCGAGGACUUUUUGCACUGCAAAGAGAUCCCUGGGUGUCCAGGAAUGGUGGAGAGCUGAAGGCUGACCUCCCUUCCUCCCUACCCUGAGCUCACGAGGGCUCUGAAGAGAUGGAGUAGAAGCACAGCCCUGCUUCUCUGAGCCCAGGGUUGCUUGGGAAGUGAUUGCCUUGGCAAACAUCUUCAUCUCAGCCCAUAGCUCAUCGUGCAUCACCUGAAGGAGAAGCUGAUGAAGGGAUUCAGAGGACCAGGAAGGGCUCUGCCAGCACAUCAAGCACUGGAGAGCACAGACAGGAGAUUAGCACUGAGAGGCACUCUGCAGGAGCCACUGCAUAGGAAACCAGCUCUGGGAAGAUGCUAGAAGAGCCCUGUGAGCUGAAGAAGGUGAAUGGCCAAAUGACCACAGAAGUACUGUGGGGUUUUCCUGGCACAGCAUCCUUGGCAAGAGCUUGCAGAACACAGGGUAGCAGGACCACAUGGCUGCAUGCAGUGGCUGCACUAAAGGAGCCCCAGCAAGGUCCUGUCUCGUGCUCCCUGGGGCUGCAGGUGAAACAGGAACCUGACCAAGACAGGGAGGAGGAGCACAGGAGAUUGUUUUGGUUUAUACUGUGCUAAUUUCUGCUUCUGGUACCUGCUCUGUCUACCUCUUUUUCUCUUUAGCCCUACACGUACUGGAUAUGGGACAGCCCCACACAACAAGCAGGAGGUUUGCACAGGGCAAACCCUGUUCAGUGCAGCAUUCUGCUGUCAGAUGGGGCUGACACCGAACAGUGCAAACAUAACCUGGCUUUCAUUCACUCCUUAUCCCAACAGAUCUGGAACUGCAAAGCCUGGACUUCGGACAGGAGAAAGGCUUGAGCCUGGCAGUCUUUGCAAGCAGUCACAUGCUAGCAUGACCAGCCACUUUUGGGAGCCAAGUUUUAACACCCGAGAGCCAAAAUCACAUAGAGCAUCUGGCUCUGUGCUGUAGCUGUUGAAAUGAGUGUGCUGCACAUUUAGAUCCUGAUUGUGGAAUUUUAAGAACUCAGCAGAAAAAGGAACAGAGACACAGGGAGCAACAUAGGCUCAGGCAGGGAAUCGUAGGAAAAAAUGGUUCAAAAUCAUAGGGAAACUUGCAACUUCAUUGCAGAUGGCAUCCCAGGCACAGACUGGUGCGCCCAGCUGGCAGGCUGCAGCUCUCUGGUCACUGAGCAUCUCUUGCAGGCCCAGGCACAGCAUGCCAGCACCGACCCAAGGCAGGAGCCACAUCCCUGAGCUGCUGUGCCAGGCUUCCACCUGCAGAGCCCUUCCCCUUCUGAAGUUGUAUUUAUUUAUUUAUUGAUGCCCUUACUGCUUGAUGCAGUGCUGCUAACAGGCGAGGACACAGAGAGGCAGCAUGUGCUGUGCCCCUGCGAGAUGGGAGCGGACAGACGGACAGAUGGACACUUGCCCUCCCCUUGGGACUGGCUGUGGAACUGCACAAAGCAGCCUGCCCAGGGGUGCGGGCUCACCAAGGGCACGCAGUGGGUCUUGCACACGCAGGAACAAUUGGGUUUUGUGUGGGUGAGGCAUGGCAGUGGGAAAUGCCUUGGUCAGGGCAGACCCAGGCAUGCACAUGGGCUAUGGGAGCAUAUAUCUGUGGGGCAGGAGGAAAGCUGCCAGUAAAACAGGAAUGUAUCGCCUGGGGUGAGCACAACUUUUGGUCUUUGGAGAAUUAAGAACAGGCAGGAUGGACUCUGUUGUGAAAGACAGCAGGACAGCUGUAUGGGAUCUCUGCGGAGCUCUUCCAGUCAGAUUUCCUGCAUGCAGCUGAAGCUGUGCAGCGCACAUCUCUCCUCACUCUUCCUCCAUGCCCAGAUCCUGCCUUCCCAGCUGCAACGUUGCAAUCUCCCCAUCUGUUCCGUGCUGGUGGAGCAGCUGUGUCCCUGAGUGUUGGGCUCUGCCCUGCUGCUCCCACUGCUCCUGGCCCUGCACCCUGCCCCGUGCCCUCCUUUCCCUGCCCCAUCCUCACCAAGGCUUUGUCCCAAACUGUGCGGCUGCUGCACGGAAACAUCUCCCAACCCAAACCUGUUUCCUCAGAAGAUUCCUAACUCCAGUCACAUAUUAUGUACUGAAAGCACUGCCUUUGGGAUUAGCAUUCAGGUUAGAGACACGUGUGGGAUCUCAGUAGGUCUUUUUCUCACAAAGCCUCUCUCUCAUGUGCAGUUUGCAAUAAGAGAAAUGGAUACACUUGCUCUGAUAAUCCACCAGCGUGGCCCAAAGCAGUGACUUGCUGAUUGCUGAGUGCUUCCUUGAAGAGUUGUUGGAGAUGGAAGAGACAAAUUACAAAUCCAUCUGCCUAUGGACCUUCAGGCUUGUUCCAUGAAUUACAUUACAGCCUAUUUUUAAACGUCCUAACACCAGGGUUAUUGUGCUUUCAUUUGGGAGACUGCUCUGUAGUCCAAGUCAAGAGCUGCUAUUAGCAUUGCACCUGCACUUCCUCCUGAAAUCUUCAUUCCAUUAUUCCCAGUGAUGCUCUGCAAACACCCGCUGCUCACUGGCUGAGCUCUGCCCCCUGAGCAGUGCUCCUCCUGCCUCCUCCAAGGAGCUCCCAGGCUGCUGCUGCUGCUCUGUCCUUCCUGCGGCUCAGCAUGGCAUGAGCCCACAGGUCAUUAAUUGGUGGAGAGGGAGUUGUCAGAGACCUGCACCCACAAGCAGAGCAGCCAGGACCCAUAGCAGUAUGGAGCUGUCCUGCACCUCCUUGCACAGCACUUGUGGUGCAGGAGAAGGGCAAAGGCUGUGAUUUGUCCAUACCAGUGUCAGCUGUGAGCAGCUCCCAUCCCACGGGCAGUAAAUGCUGGAGAGAGCACACAGCAGCCUCUUCAUCUCUGCAGAACCCUCAGUGCUGGGCGAGCGCGUGUACCGCACUCGGCUGGAGCACUAUUGUGAUGGUGAGAGCUCUGUUCUCACUGAACAAAUUGUUCCUACCAAUAAAGAAUGAAAAGCUG